AGUAUGACCAUGAAAAUAAGACUUAAUUUUGUUGUCGCGCUUCGCAACACUAAUGCCAACCUAUUGGUGUGAUUGGCAAAUGGCUUCUGGCAAAUUUUGGCGCUUAAACUCGUGAUUUUAUUUUAUUGAUUGUUUUUUGUUUACGUCUUGUUUUUGUUGGCCCAAUAAUGGGCAUCACCGGUCUAAUACCCUUUGUGGAGAAGGCAUCCUCGAGGUUGCAACUCAAGGAUAUCCGCGGCAGCACGGUGGCCGUGGACACAUAUUGUUGGUUGCACAAAGGAGUUUUUGGGUGCGCGGAGAAAUUAGCCCGCGGCGAGGAUACGGACGUUUAUAUCCAAUACUGCCUGAAGUACGUUCAGAUGCUGUUAUCGUAUGACAUAAAGCCGAUCCUGGUGUUCGAUGGCCAGCAUUUGCCGGCAAAGGAGUUGACUGAGAAGCGGAGAAGGGAUUCCAGGAAGCAGAGCAAGGAACGCGCUAAGGAACUCCUGCGAUUGGGGCGCAUCGAGGAGGCGCGAUCACAUAUGCGUCGCUGUGUGGACGUCACCCACGACAUGGCUCUUCGGCUGAUAAAGGAAUGCCGUAGCCGGAACGUGGACUGCAUUGUGGCGCCAUACGAAGCGGAUGCCCAAAUGGCCUGGCUAAACAAAGCGGAUGUGGCCCAGUACGUCAUCACCGAGGACUCGGAUCUUACACUCUUCGGAGCGAAAAAGAUCAUCUUCAAGCUGGACCUCAAUGGCAGCGGUCUGUUGGUGGAAGCCGACAAACUCUAUCUAGCCAUGGGCUGCAAGGAGGAGAAGUAUCACUUCGACAAGUUCCGGCGCAUGUGCAUUUUAUCCGGUUGUGACUACCUUGACUCCCUGCCUGGAAUUGGACUGGCGAAGGCAUGUAAAUUUAUACUCAAAACGGAACAGGACGACAUGCGAAUAGCAUUAAAGAAGAUUCCCAGUUAUCUUAAUAUGCGUAAUCUGGAGGUCAAUGAAGAAUAUAUUGAGAACUUCCUCAAAGCGGAGGCCACCUUCAAGCACAUGUUCAUUUACAAUCCUCUGGAGCGCCGCAUGCAGCGUCUAUGUGCCUUGGAAGAUUAUGAAACCGACGAACGCUACUGCAGCAAUGCUGGCACCUUGCUGGAAGAUAGCGAUAAGGCCUUGCAUUUGGCCCUGGGCAACCUAAAUCCCUUCUCUCUGAAGCCUCUAGAUUCUUGGACACCGGAUAAGGCGUGGCCCACACCGAAGAAUGUGAAAAGAGCCAAACACAAAAGCAUUUGGCAGGGGAACUUUAGAAAAGAAAGCACGGCGACGCCUAAGAAGCAAACGUCCUGUGCCUUGUUCUUUAAAAAAGUGGAUUUUGUGAGCAAAACCGUCGACGAGGAGAUCGAGGCUAAUCAGCGAAUAGAGAAGGCCAAGCAAACGGAGGCACAGGUGUUUACCAUGUACAAUUUUAGAGCCAAGAGAAGGAGGAGUCCGAGCAGGGAGGAAUCCAUUGACCAAGAACGAACUCCUCCUCCUUCGCCGGUGCAAAAGAGUCGCCACAAUCCGUUCGCCAAAGAAAAAACAGCAGAGGAAGCCUCCCAGCGAUCCCCAGUGGUUUGUGAGAACUCCUCUUUACUGCGACUGUGUAGUCCCAAGAAAGCAAGUCCUUUGGGGGGCGGAGCUGAUGAAAAGAGAGUUAAUUCCCUGAAAAGAAGCAUUUUCGCCAAGGAGCAAGUGCAGGUGCGAAGUCGCUUUUUUGCCUCCGAGGCCGAACAGACGAGGCUCCAAAAGGAGGAGCCAAUAGAUCAACAAAAUGACAUUAAAGACGAGCAAGAGCUGGGCUCAAGCUCAAGCCCAAAAAAACUAAGACUGGAAGACGAAGGCAUUCCACCAGAAGGUAACCAUGAAACACAACGUUCUGAAUCGCCCAACAGUGUGGAAAAUAACGAAACAGAAACCACUGCAUCAUCCCUACUGGAGUCACAAGAAAAGAUUGCCACCUUAGAAUCAAACGAAGAGUCAACCCCAAAUAGCUCAAAAAUACGCAUUAAGGCUCUGGAUAUACUAGUAGAUAACACUCUGAACUCGACCGAUUCAGACAGAAACAACAACGAUGACAUUAUUCUGCUAUCCGAUGAUAGCCGCAGUUCUGAGCAAACAGCCUCAUCCAUAUCGUCAACCAUCCUGCCACGCCAAAACUCACUGCCAUCCAGCAAACGAAGAGUUGGAUUGAGUAAACCCUCCACUGCCAAAAAGGGAACACCCAAGUCCACCAAGACGAACGGCAAACUGGGCGCCGUGAGUCAGAAUCAAACGAAGCUCAGCAUGUUUGGCUUCCAAAAGAGACCUGCGCUCAAAUAGAUAGUCGUUUUUAGAUUGUAAGCUUUUUUGUUCUUUAGAUUAAUCUAAUUUAUUAAAGUGAAGAUGUGAACUGACUA